GCCUCAUGCUUUUUUUUUAUUCAUGUUUAAAAAGAAUUCAAAAGUAACCCUGUAGAAACAGUGUCAGUUGCAUUUUUUUUUAAAGCGCAACAGUGUUUUUACCGCGGUAGUAAUUAUGUUUUAAAACGAGAGCUGGACUGCGCGCGCCAAGCUAGCCUAGAGCAAUAGAACUAAGUCACAAGUGUGUAGAAAGCUCCAGAAACUAGUGGAAAAUUGAAGAAAAGCCGGCCUGUGUAUCACUGCACUUUACAGAAAGUCCUAUAGAGCCAGCCUUACGGGACACACACGCUAUGGACCUCAGCGAGUUCGAGGCGGAUAACUCGGUCAGCUGCCGCCUGGCCUCCGCCGUGCCAGACGUCUGCAGGAGUGAGGACUGCUGCCUAGGCAUCGACGAGGCGGGCAGGGGGCCUGUGCUGGGACCGAUGGUUUAUGGUAUAUGUUUCUGCCCUGUUAGCAAGAAGGAUGAUCUCAAGGACUUCAAAGUGGCAGAUUCAAAGACAUUGACAGAGGAUGAGCGGGAAACUUUGUUCCUCAAGCUGGAUGAGGCAAAGGACUUUGUGGGCUGGGCACUGCAGAUCCUCUCCCCAAACACUAUUUCCACCAGCAUGCUGCGAAGGGCAAAGUACAACCUGAAUGCCCUUUCCCAUGAUGCAGCUAUUGGUUUGGUGCAGUAUGCUUUGGACUCUGGGGUGCAGCUCAAAGAGGUGUUUGUGGAUACUGUGGGACCAGCAGAGAAGUACCAGGAGAAGCUGUCCCAGCGGUUCCCUGGAGUGGAAGUGACUGUGCGACCCAAGGCUGACUCUCUCUUCCCAAUCGUCAGCGCUGCCAGUAUUUGUGCCAAGGUGGCCAGGGACCAUGCAGUGAAGUCCUGGAAGUUCAGAGAAAACCUGGGAGAUGUAGACACUGAUUACGGCUCAGGAUACCCAAAUGACCCAAAGACAAAGAGCUGGCUGCUGAAGUAUCUGGAUCCUGUGUUUGGGUACCCACAGUUUGUGCGAUUCAGCUGGAGCACGGCGCAGACCCUCCUGGAGAGCAAGAGUAUGACCGUGCACUGGGAUGAUGACAAGGAAGAUGGAGAAAAGGCAGCCUCACGGCAGAAGUGCGCUUCUGUGCUCUCUUACUUUGGCCGUAGCAAGCCCCAGGGCACAGCCAGGGAGCCUCAUCGCUACUUCUCCGAGAGAAAGUUACAGACCCUGGACAUGCUCUGAGCCAGGGUAUAGGGGCUGCGCCUGGCUGUCUCUCACCUCCCUAAUCAAGCAGAAAAACACACAGAUGGUACACACCGCUCCUCAUGCUCCUCCAACUGACAUGUGGGAACUAUCACAGAAGUCAGCACUUACAGAGACACAAAUACUGGAGGAGAUUCUUGUGAAGCCUGCAAUACAGAUGUCCUGUAAUUGAUGAUCUGGCCCCCUUGAGACUUUGGUUGUCAUUCAGGAGGUGGAGCCAGGGUGACCUUGUGAGAUGCAUCUAAGAAGCUGCGGGGUGACUAGACCCCACCCCAUCCACCAAACCUUAGAGACUUGUCGGCGACAGUGCAAGUUGAGGAGGAAGCCUUCAGGUGGCAAUUUAUCAUCAUUAACC